UAAUCUAGUAAAUGAAUGUCCAAAUGCAAUAAUAGACAAAAUCCUAGAUCAGCUAAUCUUGUUACCGUAGAUUUCAAUAACAUCUUAAGUGUUGAAUUUGAUGAUAUUGCUCAGGAAGGAAUAGCAGUGGGAAGAAGCUUUGCAAUGUUUAAAAAUUACCAUAUUGAUGGCAACAAAGAAAUGAUAGCAAUUGGAACCAUGAACAUAGUGGGUUCUUUCACCUCUUGCUACCUCACAACAGGGCCAUUUUCGCGUUCAGCGGUGAACUACAAUGCUGGAUGCAAGACAGCAGCAUCCAACAUUAUAAUGUCAAUUGCAGUAAUGUUGACAUUGUUAUUCCUAACACCCUUGUUCCAUUACACUCCUCUGGUGGUUCUUUCAGCCAUUAUUGUAUCAGCAAUGCUUGGCCUCAUAGACUAUCAAGCAGCCAUUCAUCUUUGGAAGAUUGACAAAUUUGAUUUUGUCGUGUGCAUGAGUGCAUACAUUGGUGUGGUCUUUGGCAGCGUUGAAAUUGGCUUAGUCAUAGCUGUUGCAAUAUCAGUACUUCGGAUACUUCUAUUUGUUGCAAGGCCAAGGACAUUUGUUUUGGGACACAUUCCAAAUUCUGUGAUAUACAGAAAUGUUGAGCAAUAUCCAAAUGCAAAACACGUUCCUGGAAUCCUAAUUCUAGAGAUUGAUGCACCAAUUUACUUUGCCAAUGCAAGCUAUUUAAGAGAAAGGAUCACAAGGUGGAUUGAUGAAGAGGAAGACAGAAUCAAAGCUACAGGGGAGACAAGUUUGCAGUAUGUUAUUAUGGAUAUGAGUGCUGUUGGGAACAUAGAUACAAGCGGAAUAAGUAUGCUUGAAGAGGUCAAGAAGAUUACUGACAGAAGAGAGCUACAAUUUAUUUUGGUCAAUCCUGGAAGUGAGGUGAUGAAGAAAUUGAACAAAUCGAAGUUCCAAAAUCAUUUAGGUCAGAAAUGGAUCUAUCUAACUGUUGAAGAGGCCGUUGGAGCAUGCCACUUCAUGCUCAGUGAAUCCAAAAUGAACCCCAAGAAAGAUGGAUCAGAGGGUUGGAACAAUGUGUGACCGAGUCAUAUGCCAAAGAACAUUCUUAAUAGCUCACAAAGCUUAUUCGUUUUCGUCUCAGUUAUGUUACCACUACAAUAUGUGGCAUGAGAAUUUGUGAAUCUUGCCGCAGAAGUUUUAGAAGCAUUAGAAAAUGAAAGAUGCACGGGUCUUAUAAUUUCUCGGCUUUGCAUCCUUAGAAGAAAAUAUCCUACGUAGGCUGUUGAAUCAUUAUGUAAUAUGUAUCAUGCUUGAUAAUCUAUUCAAAUGUAAAGUAACUGCCAUGAGAAUUAAAAAAAUCCUUUGGAAACGUCUUAGAACUAGAA